AUGGCUGGCCAUUACGACGGGUUCGUUCCAAUCCAUUGCAUUUUCUAUUCGGUAUUUCAUCCAACCGAGGGGACCAAAGUCAGGUACGAAUUUCCUCCGGGAUGUAUUGCAGCAAGUGGUAUCAAUUUUGAUACGAUAAAAAAUUAUAUCAUACCAAAACCACAGCUUUGUAACAAGUUGUUGACGUUUAAAUAUGGUUCAUACAGAUUGGUUUGUUAUCCUGUGAAUGUCGUUGCGCCUUUCUAUGCUAGGAAUUCUUUUAACUUCAAUUUUGUAUUUGUCUUUCCAUAUGAAUGCGCUACAACUCCAUAUGAGCCUGCAAUCGCUCGACUAGGAAAAAUGUUCAGAGUGUUAGAAGAACAAUCGCAAAUACUGUCCAAAGCCGAAUUGGAUCAGGUGUAUUACCAUCUGAAGAGCGACGACGCCAAGGGUGACCAGAAUAACGGAAUGGAUAUGCCAGACGAGAAGGAUCGACUGAAGGACAGUCUUGGCUCAGUUAAACCGAAGGAUAAAACUUACAUUUUUGAGAAAUAUCAGGAAAUUAUCAGUGACUUGAACAAAUCUGAUCGCAAGUUAUCUGUCAAAGAUUUGAUCACGAAAAUUUACCAGGAUCUCAACAAUUAUUCAGAAUGUUUGAUACCGAUUGAUUCUGGAAAUUCGGUGGAUACAAAAUUAUUCCCAUUACUGACUCCUCCUAACUCCUGUUUUUCGUUCGAAGAUGUCCCAAUAGCCACGGUAAAUUUGUCAAAAUUGAUUGAUGUAAAUUGGGAUCCCACAAUGCUUAAGAUAAUCCCGUACAUCAAUGGUAUUAACAGCAUUUCCAAGAUCGCACACUGCAGUGAUAGCAACGUUGAACUUGUUAUCGAAUGCGUCAAACAUUUGAUCUAUUACCAUUGCGUGGUCCUAGUGGACAUAUUUCAGUUCAGCAACAUUUAUGCGCCAACAAGCGACCUGGAAAAAUUUCUUUCUGAUCCAUCGGUUGCAUCUGCAUGCCAAGCAUACGUGUCUUUUCCUGACAAUUCCCCCAUCAACGAUCUACCGUUUACGCGGAAGCCUCAAGCCUCCAUGAAAAAACAGAAUCAGAGCAGUAUAUCUAUUGAUUCUUCAAGGCGGAAAAGUGUUUCUUCGAGAGCCGGUUCCAUGUCAUCAGAUGCAGAUUCCUUAGAUUUGAAACACCGGUCACUAUCUUCCCGUGGCUCUUCAGUGCCCCUUGCCAGCGUUUCCGAUGCGAGCUUGAGUAGUUCAAAUCGAUUCAAGCCCAACGGGAGAGAGUACGCAACGAAAUCGAGCCUUUUUGAUCUCUACAGAUCUUUCCAGCAGGGACAAACGGUCAAGGAUUGGUACGCCCUAAAUUACGAGAAAAUAAAACUAGGAAACGUUGACGUGCGCAGGCUUAUUUCUUUUGGCUUGAUCCACGGUCUCAUAUACAGAUGCUACGCUUAUCCAAUUACAAAAAGUAUGAGUUUCCUUGGCAUUGCGAAGGCCCUUAACAGUUUAGACGACUUUAAAGAGACGAAAGGCCAACAGCAUAGAAGGCCUCACAAACUUAACGUUUUAUCGACAGCCGAUAUCCAGGUGGGUAUUGAGCAUGACAAGCGUGGCGAGCUCAGAUUGCUUGGCAAACACAAGUCCAAUUCUCAGUUGGCGGAUGAGGUCCUUCAAGAGGUGUAUCGAAAGCUUGCACCAAAUAAGUUGCUUGCAGGAGGAAUCAACUCAGAAUCUACCAUCAGUUUAGCCACUGAUGAUACGGGUUCAAGGGACACAACUUUUCGUAAAGAAAAAUCUGAUCCCACACUACUAAAUCGUGGAAAUAAGGUCGCAUUUGAUAUUAAAGAGCGGUCUCCGCUCUCUCAAAUACAGAUGGAAGGAUUUCAUAGAAAUGAACUGUCUGUGCUUAGACCUCGAAAGCGUGAAGAAUUUGUCUUAUUACAAUCGCUCAAGCAAGCCGAGUCUUUAGACAAGAUUUGCACGAGAUUGGACAAGGAUAGGAAAGCGGUCACCGGAAUGAUCAAAGAUCUGGGGUCAUAUCAUAUAGUAAAUUGUUAG